AUGGCUUCUUCGUCUUCAUCAUCGAACAUGACAGAGCGAAGAGGAAUACCAGGUGCUCAGUUCGUAGAAGAUGUUCAAACCUAUCUCGCUCAAUUAGGUCUCGAUGUUAAUUCCGCCUUAGCUUUCCUUCAAGAAAGACUUCAGCAAUACAAGGUUGUUGAAAUGAAGCUUCUUGCGCAGCAAAGGGAGCUUCAGGCAAAGAUACCGGAUAUUGAAAAGUGCUUAGAUGUUGUUGCUACAUUGCAGGCUAAGAAGGGCACUGGUGAGGAACUUAUUGCUGAUUUUGAGGUGUCAGAAGGAAUAUAUUCACGAGCUUCUAUAGAAGAAACUGAUUCUGUGUGUUUAUGGCUGGGAGCAAAUGUUAUGUUGGAAUAUUCAUUAGAAGAGGCUACUGCUCUCCUACAGAAAAAUCUGGAUAAUGCUAGAGCCAGUUUAGAAGUUCUUGUAGCUGAUCUACUGUUUUUAAGGGACCAAACGACAAUUACUCAGGUUACUAUUGCUCGUGUUUAUAACUGGGAUGUCCAUAACCGGAGAACUCAACAAGUUGCUGCUACUGCAAUUGCUCAAGAGUAG